CCUGCGGGAAGAAGUGUCUCGGCUCCAGGAGGAAGUUCACCUUCUCCGGCAGAUGAAGGAGAUGCUGGCGAAGGAUCUGGAGGAGUCGCAGGGCGGCAAGUCCUCUGAGGUCCUCUCAGCCACCGAGCUCAGGGUCCAGCUGGCCCAGAAGGAACAGGAGCUAGCCAGAGCCAAAGAAGCCUUGCAGGCCAUGAAAGCCGAUCGAAAGCGCUUAAAGGGUGAGAAGACAGACCUGGUGAGCCAGAUGCAGCAGCUGUACGCGACGCUGGAGAGCCGCGAGGAGCAGCUCCGCGACUUCAUCCGCAACUACGAGCAGCACCGCAAGGAGAGCGAGGACGCGGUCAAAGCCCUGGCCAAGGAGAAGGACCUCCUGGAGCGCGAGAAAUGGGAACUGCGGCGCCAAGCCAAGGAGGCCACGGACCACGCCGCGGCGCUGCGCUCCCAGCUGGACCUCAAGGACAACCGGAUGAAGGAGCUGGAGGCCGAGCUGGCCAUGGCCAAGCAGUCCUUAGCGACGCUGACUAAGGACGUCCCCAAGCGGCAUUCACUUGCCAUGCCGGGCGAGACGGUGCUCAACGGCAACCAGGAGUGGGUGGUGCAGGCGGACCUCCCGCUGACCGCAGCCAUCCGGCAGAGUCAGCAGACCCUCUACCACUCACACCCCCCGCACCCUGCGGACCGGCAAGCGGUCAGGGUGAGCCCCUGCCACUCCCGGCAGCCCUCCGUCAUCUCCGACGCAUCUGCCGCAGAAGGGGACCGGUCAUCCACGCCGAGCGACAUCAACUCCCCUCGACACCGGACGCAUUCCCUCUGCAACGGCGACAGUCCCGGCCCGGUCCAGAAGAACCUGCACAACCCUAUUGUACAGUCACUAGAGGAUCUUGAAGACCAAAAACGGAAAAAAAAGAAAGAGAAGAUGGGAUUCGGCUCCAUCUCACGCGUCUUCGCCAGGGGGAAGCAGCGGAAAUCCCUCGACCCCGGCCUCUUUGAUGGUACCGCCCCCGAUUAUUACAUAGAGGAGGACGCGGACUGGUGAUACCCGCCGCCCCUCGCCUGCUGCCCGGCAGGCGUGUCUGUGCGUGUGGCCGUGCGAGCGAGCGAGUGUGCAUGGGGUGCGCGUGUGGCCGGGCCUGGGGUGUGUGUGCACGUGUGCUCCCAUGCACGCGGGUGCUGGGUGUGGCCGAGCGCCUCUGGACACAGUGUGAACCUCUCCCCUCUGCGUCGCCACCUCUGUAAUUGAUGUACAUACUACAAACCGUGUGUGACUACGUCCCCUCUCUGUUGUCUUUGGAGCGACACCGUUGUUUAUCUGGUUUUUUUUUUUUUUUUUUUCAAUGUUUGGUUUCUUUUUUCCUUUUUGUUUGGUUCGUUGGCUCCCACCCCCAUCUCCUCCCCUCCUCCUUUUUAUGAAACUUGAAAACUUGAAGGACUGCUGUGUAUUUGUAAAUAACAAAACUAUUGUGCGCUCCGUGCUUGUAAAUGUCCCUGUCCAAACCGCUUCUCCCGGAGCCCAUCUCACCAAGGAUGUGGUCUGUUUGGGAUGUCCCCUCCUUCUCACCCCCCAGUGUGAGCGUGUGGGACCAGACCCUGUUCUCGGAGCACACCCAAGUCACUUUAACCACCAAAUGCCAUCGUCGUCAGGGUAAGGUCCAAUCUCCGCCAAGACUCGCGAGCCCGGCCAGGGGCCCUGUCUUGGCUGGGUUUGUAAGAGGUCAAAUGGUCAAAUGGGCUCUUUUUAAUGGCCUGUCAGUUUUUAAAUUGCGUUGCCGUCUCUUUCUUUAUGGAAAAAGAAAAAAAAAAGACAAUUGUUUCGUUUAAUUUAUUUGCACAAAUGCAGAAAACUUAUACUAUCUAAAUUAUUACGUAAAUAUUGGAAUGUAUAUUUUUCCAUGGGGUGGGCGGGAGGCGGGUGUUUCUGUCGACUUCUCUGUUCUCUUACUAUGCUGCUGCCAAACUGCGCAAGGUAGAGUUUAGAAUGGAACCCAGGGACCACUGGAUGUCAAAGCUUGCUUUUUCCGUUCUCUCUUCUCUCUCUCUGUCUCCCAUUCUUCUGCCCCUGCAUGUGGUACCCUCCACCUUCCUCCCACCCAUAGCUCUCUCCGGGCCUUUCUAUAUAUAUUUAUUUAUCUGACAUACAGAGCACGACCUCAGUGAGCAGAGUGCUGGCUGUCACGGUCCCCUUCUUUGGGUGUGUCUUUUGAGAGAGAUUGAGUCCAGGGCAAGCCAGCCCACCCCACAUCCACAGGUUAUAACCAAAGGGACCCUGGGCCUUAGUCAGUUCCAGGAGGGGCCUCUCAGCAUCCGUUCCUCUUGCAGGUGUGUCUUUCCCAUCCUUGCUUUAUUCUGCACGUGGGGCAGGCAGGUGUCAUUGGGGAGGUGCCUGCCUCAAGGGGAGUGCUGUUGGGGAUACGGUGUGCAGCACCUGAGCCGUCCGCCCUCUCCCUUCUGGUUGGUUGGUUCCUUUGGACACACUUAGAAUCUCGGGGGACUCCUGGGGCCCUGUCCUCCAACCUGUCACAGCAGCUUGAGCCCCAGGACAGGAGGGCUAGCAGGAGCAUCUGCCUAUUUGGGGAGCUAUGUUGGCCCCAGCAAAGCUUCACCAGCAAAGGAACCAUGUGCGUUUUAACACCAGGCGAUGGAAAAAACAUGAGCUUCUCAGGCAGGUCCGCCCAAGGCCUAAAACUCAAUUUCCCUUUUCUUUUGCCCUGUGAAUCCCCCCUCUGCUCAUCCUUAGUGACUAACAGCUCAAUCCACACCUCUAGACGACAGUAGUUGCGCUUUCUGCUAACGAUAACAUUUUCAGCUUUUAAAAAGAAGCAAGGAGAUUUUCAAAUGCUUGAGCAUCUCUAUCAGAAGGGUAGGAUAUUUUGUCCAAAGUCUCUAAAACAAGCAACAAGCCCAGUCAGCUGCUCCCUUUCCUUUGGACCUGGUCCAGGGGUUGGGAAAGAACAGACAGGUACCUCCUUUGGACCUUUCUGACCUCCUUUGACUAGGCUCUGUAACCCAGCCUGGUGGGGAGAGAGCGACCAGAGCUGGCAUCUUGCUCUGCAGAGAGAUGUUUUAGAAGAUGCUUUUUUUUCUUCCCCAUAAAUUUUUUUUGGUUGAUUUUUAUUGUUUUCCCUUUACUUAUAAGAAAAUAAGAUUGCAACCACUCCUGGUAAUGAUUCAGUAGUUCCUUUUCAUUUCAGUUUUUGUAAAUUAGGAGAUAAUUCUAAGAGUUACUAAGGAUGAUUUAUUUAAGAGAACUACGUCAAAUAGCGAAUGAGUUAUGGGUAACAUUAGAUGAAAAUAACCUUUCCCAUGGGAAAAGUUUUUCGAAGGCAUGGAUGCAAAUAUAAAAUAUUAAAAAAAAAAUCUAAAUAAAGCUUAUUUUAAAAUAUUA